CCUGAUGAAGGUGCGUUGUGGGGGCGCAGCGCAUGUGCUAUGCUUUGUUCAUAUUGCGAACCCAGCAUUGCAUCUGGCUUCGGCUGAGCAAACUUCAUCAGGCUGAGUUCUGAAACGUCUGAACAAGUCGACCCCCAUGGUCUCAGUCCUUAGUGUCAACAUUCCUUUCUCCCUUGAAACACAUAUUCUUUCAUGGAUAGCAGGAAACAGCGUGGAAAAAAGAUAUUCAGGUCGUCCAAAAGAAUGCAUGCCCUUCGCAAUGCGCUCAAGGGAGGUGGCCGUUCCGCACACGAGGAGUCUCCUGGAGAGAAUAUGCGCGUCAUGAACUACGAGUAUACGAUUGCAGACAUUCGGCAGCUCAUUUUAAAUUGUUUAGAUCGAGAUCAGCGAAGGAGGUUAAUUCUACGCGAAAGGAAUUGGAAAUCUGUUCCUACUCGAAUAUUGGUCGACUUUUUUUUAAGGGAAUAUCAACUUGAGAAGUUCGGGGACUCGGACAUACAUGACGUGCUUGCAGACACUUGGGAGGAGGAUUCUGAGCAGGGACCGCAAGCACGAUUGAGGAAAACAAAGCAGAAAAAUGUCUCCAGAGACGAACAAGAGUGGAGAUCUGAGGAGAGCGAGGACAUCUUAAUUCGCGAAUUGAAUUUGCAAAUACGCAGAAUGAGCAUGGAGCUUAAGAACGAGAAGCAUAAUGCUCAAGUAGCAAGCGAGAAGUACGACCUCAAACUUAAAGAAUUAAACUCAAGGUACAACGAGAACUUCGAACAGUGGAGAUUGCAUGCCGAGGGUCUGAACAAAACCCACAAGAGGGCUAUAGAAUCUCUCGAAGAAGAGCACAGGAAAGCUAUACAAAAUUGGGAGCACAAUGUAGAGGUUUUGGUUGAAGAGCACGAGGAUGAAGUGAAAUCAAAGGAGCAGGAGAUUCACAAGCUGCGUCAAGAGCAUGAUCUUCUUGAGGCAAAGUUGGAAUCAACCGAAGACGGGCAUAGAUUAGAACUAGAAAGGAGAGAGAAUCAGUGGAAUGAGGAAAUCGAACGGCUGAGCGCAAGACAUGAAGAGGAAAAGAAACAUAUAAUUGAGAAAAACAACGAGUACGUGGCGAAAUUAGAUCUACUACUGGAGCAGAAAAAUCAGGACAUAGUCGACCAGCAGCAAAAACACGAUGCUGAGAUGGCAAGGCUGAAAGAGAAGCAUCAACAGGCCCUGGAAGCAUCGACGGCAGAGCUGAGACAGAAAAUUAGUUCUCAGAAUGCCAUUCUUUUCGCUAGAGACAGCUUCACCCCGAUCUCUGAUCGCGAUUUGAAGGCAAAGUUUUUGGCCUUGAGGUUUGAUGUCGCGCAUCUCGCAAGACAGCCAUGGAAGCCGGACCAUCCAGUGUGGACCAGAAAGGUGCUAACUUCGAUCACCACCAAUCCUGACAGAACGAAGGAGCAACUACUUCGGGACAAACUCUGGUGGAUUCUCCACGAUCGCAUCUUUUGCUCACCAUUUCGCAUGUUUGGUGAAGAAGGUCGGAAGCUUGAGGGGGACUGGAUUAAAGCAUGCGAUGAAGACCCCAAGCUACGAACUGGAGACUUUACAUGGCCAAAACCAAGCUACAAGGCCGAAAAGUUCCGAUACGAGGCCAUCAAGCAAUGCCACACGGCUUUGCGAGAACCGGCUUCACACCUCGAUCCGCGCGCUCGGGUGAAAAUAGGGUUCAAGGAGUCUAAGGACGGUCUCUACAAGGCCAUUAAAACGCUUAUGAAUGACGUGACCAAGUUGGAUGAAGCCAUGAUCGCGGACAUCGAAAAGCUUGUCAAGAAAGCGAUCAACAUGUGGUUGGAAUUCGAGGUGCAGCGAUGCAGGUUGAUGGUCAUCUUGCCCGUCGCGAAGAUCAGUUCCGAGCGGGAGAUGAUCCAGCUUGCGGUUCAAAAGCAGCUCGAACUGAACUCACAGCCUGGUUUGAUUAGGUUUGGCGAUGACGAGGGUGAGGAUCUAGACGUAGAUCAGCCGGUGGAGAACUGUACAGAGGAAAAAGUCCUUGUGUCGUAGAGGGCACGGUGAUGUUCUGUUCGUUGAAUACGAGGAGAGUGUGCCGGGCAUUUCUCACAUCAGAGCGAGGCAAACUUGAAUAUGGGUCUGCGUUCUCUGUUGUUCUGGUUUCGUCAUCCCCCUCGGCGCGAGCUGUAAGAAACGUGCACGCAGUAGAAUCAAAAGGAAAACAGCC